GGAGUAUUUGAGAACAUUGGCUGGCUCUCUUGUUUCUACUCUUGUUUUUCUUUCUCACCCAUUCCGACAUUUUUUACUCUUGAAACUUGACACAAAUAUGCCGCCAAGGAAGAUUAAAUCUCCACUCUGUGAUCCUCAUGGAAUGUUCAGCAGAAUGGUAAUCUUCUUAGUUGAAGACGGAGUCCAAUCUCGCCGAUUACAGAUAUGGAAGCAGAGAUUGAAACAAAUGGGGGCUAGCAUUGAGGCAAACUUUUCGAAAAAUGUCACUCAUGUUUUUGCCGCAGAUGCUAAUAUCCUUUUAAAGAAACUUGAUCACAAACGCGUUAUUAGGUCCAAAGCUAGAGUGCUGCAAUAUCAGUGGGUGGAAGACAGCUUGACAAAAGGUGAAAAGGUGUCUGAAGAUUUGUACACUGUAUCUCUUGAAUCAGUGGGGAGCAAAGAUACUCUCAAGGAAGACAUUAGAAGUGAUUGUAGCAAUAAUGAGCUUACACCGAAAAAGUGCAGGAUCUCUUCUGAGGGUACCGAUAUAAUGAAUCAAAAGGACAAUGUUCAUACAGAGGACCACUUUGAGCAUCAGUUAGUAGGAGCUGCAUCCAACUAUGAAUGCUCAUCAAGCCUGGAAAUCAUCAAUGAGGUCCUUUAUCCUUGUGGAGAGGCUGCCGAAACAUCAAAAUCAUCAGUGCUUUAUCUGCCUCCCAAUUUAAACAAGAACAUUACUGAGACUUUUGGAAAACUUGUUGACAUUUAUAGGGCACUUGGUGAUGAUCGAAGGUCAUUUAGCUAUUACAAAGCCAUCCCAGUUAUUGAGAAACUGCCUUUCAAAAUUGAAAGUGUCGACCAGGCUCGAAACCUUCCUGGUAUAGGAAAGUCAUUGCAGGAACAUAUUCAGGAAAUAGUGAGCACAGGAAAGCUGGCCAAGUUGGAGCAUUUUGAGCAGGAUGAAAAGGUACGGACGACCAGCUUGUUUGGAGAAGUAUGGGGUGUUGGCCCAGCAACUGCCUUAAAACUUUAUGAGAAAGGGCACCGGACUCUAGAUGACCUCAAAAGUGAAGAAUCACUUACUAAUGCGCAAAGAUUAGGCUUGAAGUAUUUUCAUGACAUCAAAACAAGAAUUCCACGUCAUGAGGUUGAAAUGAUGGACCAACUUCUUCAGAAGGCUGCGCAAGAGAUUUUACCUGGGGUAAUUAUUGUGUGUGGAGGGUCAUAUAGGCGUGGAAAGGCAUCUUGUGGGGAUAUGGACGUUGUCAUCACUCAUCCUGAUGGAGAAAGUCAUAUAGGUUUUCUUGCACGAUAUGUAAAACGUCUCAAAGAAAUGAAGUUUUUGAGGGAAGAUUUGAUCUUCAGUAUUCACAGUGAAGAGAAUUCAGAAGCAGGAGUAGACACCUAUUUCGGACUUUGCACUUAUCCUGGUGAAGAGUUACGGCGCCGCAUUGACUUGAAGGUGUAUCCAAGAAAUAUAUAUGCAUUUGGUCUAGUACAUUGGACGGGGAAUGAUGUCCUAAACAGGAGGCUUAGGUUAUUAGCCCAGUCAAAGGGUUUCCGAUUGGAUGAUACAGGAUUAUUUCCUUCAAGUCAAGGUUCUGAUGGGAAAUAUGGUCUAAAAGGUGCUAAUUUAAAGUUUGACACAGAGAAGGAAAUAUUUGAUUUCCUUGGAUUUCCUUGGCUCCAACCGCAUGAGAGAAAUCUCUAGAUUUGUAUCUUAUGCUGUUUGACAUCAGUAGUUCUUUUAGACCUUGUAAAAAAUUAGGCCUUCAUUAGGUUCUAUCAUCGGUCUUAGCUUAUGUUAAAACCUUUAUUGCACUGGAGAAAAGAAUUGAACUCAGUGCGAUCUGCGAUGCAUAUUUUGCUUCACUUUGCUUGUUUUGUUGAAUAUGAACCGCAAGAUUUAUGUGCAUCAACGGUCGAGACAAUAUACAAGUUUACGAGUUCAUUAUCAAUGAUCAAGAUUGAUGGAGUUUAAUCCAACAACAAGAGCUAAAUCUACGGAAGCAGAUGAUAUUUGGCAGCGUAAGGCAGUGUUUUAUUGAUCAAGGUCUCUCCUCCUUUUGGAGGUUUACAAGUUGUAUUUAUAGACUAAGGAACUAGUGUUACAAAAGAAUACUGAUACAAUAAAUGCCAUUAAUGAUGCAUUAGCUCGAAUAGGACUCUUGUAACGUCUCGG